AUGGCAUCCCAGGUUUGUUGUGAUCAUGGCCAAUUGGUGUUUGUCAUUGGAAAGUUGCAGUUCAUAACAUGCGUCUCCAACCCAAUCAACGAUAUAUGCCCUGUAAAUCACAAGGUUCCCGAUCAAAUUCUCCCUAAUCGUACUGUCAUAAGUCAGCUUCUAAAUUCAACAUCAGUCCCGCUUCGUUCCACAAAUGCAAGUGAAAGCUGCAUUGCAGCAAACAAAAUGUUCCUAUGUUCAUUAAGCAUCUACACAUGUAAUGACAACGAAAGAUACUUUUAUAGGGAUACGGAAAUAGCGUAUAGAUUGUGUAUGGAUGCAAGGGAUAUCUGCACGGGACUGGAGCAACUGUUUAACUGUAGCUUAUACAGAAAUGCAACUAUGCGGCACAGCAAGGGUGUGACAUGUAAUGAAUAUCAAAAGUUGGAGAAUGAUACAUGUCCAAUGCGGAAUUAUAAGGUAAUAGCAAUACAAUUUCAAUAUGCAAUAAAGUUAGCCAGCCGGAUCAAAGCCAAUAUAUGAUCACUAGAUUUACAUUUUUUGUUAGUUUGUGUGUAUGCUAGAUUUACAUUUUUUGUUAGUUUGGGUGCAUUGUCUAUAAUUAUAUAGGGUAUAGGUUUAAAAGCAGAAAAUACUUGCGGAUAUAAUGUUUGUCAGGACAAAUGAGGAGAAAAUGAAGAGAUAUGUGAAAGAAAAUGCGAUUUUGAGCUUAUAAGGAGCGAUGGACAUAACAAGUAUAAGGCUGUGGAAUUGCAUGCAUAUAUAGUUUUGAAAGCAUACAUUUCAUUGUUUAAUUACCCGAGAUUGACGUCUAUAGAAACUGUUUAAGAAGCUGUUUUUAAUUCCCAGGAGCAGAAAAUCGCGCACUUUAGCAGGAGAUAUUCCUAACUAAAUUCUAAUACAUGCACCUUGUCAAUAUUUUACGCAUCAUUACGUCCAGCUGUUUGGUAGGGCAUUCAAAUUUAACAAUAAGUGAUUUCAAUAGUUUUCGCUUUUUUGGGACACCCUGUAUAGUUAAACAAUUAUAUUUAAUAUACUUGGAAAGUUUUAUAACAACUCAUGACAUGCAGGAAUAACAUUCCAUUCAUUCCACUCAAAUUGAGCAUAAUGAUUUCUAUACUUUGGAGUAUGGAAUAGACAUUUGCAUUAUAGACUAAAUUUUGAUCUAGACAAAAAUUUCAUCACAGCUUGAAAGAGCAUCACAAAAUUAGUAAUAUUCCAAAGUUUCGUUGCGAAAUGUUGUAAAAUGCGGAUAAUAUACCCUGCGACGUUUGCAAUUUUCAGUCAUUUUAGAUUACAAACGGGAAAUUGAUGCCCCAACACCCGAUUGGGCUGUCAAUUUCCCGUUUGUAAUCUAAAAUGACUGAAAAACGGCAAACUUCGCACGGCCAUAUUAUCCGCAUUUUACAACAUUUCGGAACGAAACUUUGGAAUAUUACUAAUUUUGUGAUGCUCUUUCAAGCUGUGAUGAAAUUUUUGUCUAGAUCAAAAUUUAGUCUAUAAUGCAAACGUCCAUUGCAUGCAUAUAGUUUUGAAAGCAUGCAUUUCAUUGUGUAAUUACCCGAGAUUGGCGUCUACAGACUCUGUAUAGUUAAAUAAUUAUAUAUAAUAUACUUGGAAAGCUUUUAUAACAACUCAUGACAUGCAGGAAUAACAUUCCAUUCAUUCCACUCAAAUUGAGCAUAUGAUUUCUAUACUUUAUUGAGAUUGGAUUAUGGAAUUCUCUCUAUCAUAAAUGUACCAUACACUUUUUAAGAGGCAUUUUUCCCAUGCAUGUUUCGUAUUUAUGUUCUACUCCCACAGUUAGCUACGCUCUUAAUGCAUCUGGCGCAGUUGAGUAUAUGGUGCUGUAAAAUAGACCUUUCCCCUUUUAAGUGAGAUUUUGAUCUAGACAAGUCUGGACAAAAAUUUCAUCACAGCUUGAAAGAGCAUCGCAAAAUUAGUAAUAUUGCAAAGUUUCGUUGCGAAAUGUUGUAAAAUGCGGAUAAUAUAGCCUUGCGAAGUUUGCCGUUUUUCAGUCAUUUUGAUUACAAAUGGAAAUUGAUAAUCAGAUGAUCAAACUGAUUAUCAAUUUCCCGUUUGUAAUGCAAAAUGACUGAAAAACGGCAAACUUCGCAAGGCUAUAUUGUCCGCACUUUACAACAUUUCGCAACGAAACUUCGGAAUAUUACUAAUUUUGUGAUGCUCUUUCAAGUAAUAUAUGAACAACGAGAGCGAGUGUUUCAGCAGGAUAUCCAAACACGAGAAAACAAUGUACGAGAACACGAGCGCGAAGCGCGAGUGUUUUCAUACAUUGUUUUCGAGUGUUUGGAUAUCCCGGUGAGACACGAGUUCGAGUUGUUUAUAUGGCUUCUCAAAUGAAUCGAGACGUAACAGAAUGUUUUCGUUUGCUGAUUUGAAUAGAAUUCUUAACCAAGCAUAACGUAAUUGGGAAUUCUAUUCAAGUAAUUUUGCAUGCGUAAUUAAGAUAUUUGAUGAAAACACUAGUGACUUUCAUCAAGUUUCACCGGGUUAUCCAAAUGGCAUCUUGUGAUCAAAUAGGUGAUUAUUAUUGGCUGAAUUAUCAUGAAUUAUUAAUGAAUUUGAGAAGCUGUGAUGAAAUUUUUGUCCAGGCUUGCCUAGAUCAAAAUUUCACUUAAAAGGGGAAAGGUCUAUUGAUAUCAUAGAUUUCACAAAACUUAUUGAACUUCAAACAUCGUUUUCUCUAUGCCAUCUAUAUAAACACUCUUUAGCAUUAUUUAUCGAUUAUAGGCCCUAAACGUACCCUUAAAAUUUGUUUCUCGAUUGAGAAACGUAUCAAAUGUUGAAAAUUUUGAAACGCAGUUAUAGCUUAUAGCCAAGGUGGCAUAUACUCAUUAGUUUUGAGCGCGUGCAACGUGACAUUAAUAGACAAUUCCCAUUAUAGACUAAUUUUAAAACUAGGCAAGGAGACUCAACUAAAUCACCAAAGCUAGAAAGAGCAUACUAAAAUUAGUAAAAUUACAAAGUUUGGUUGCGAAAUGUUGUAAAAUGCGGAAAAUAUAGCCUUGCAAAGUUCGCAAAUUUUGUAUACUUUUGUAUUGCGUGCGGAAUUCCUACCACAUUCCUACCACAAUUAGGCCGAAAAUGGUCGCACGCAAUACAAAAGUAUACAGAAUUUGCGAACUUGGCAAGGCUAUAUUUUCCGCAUUUUACAACAUUUCGCAACCAAACUUUGCAAAUUUACUAAUUUUAGUAUGCUCUUUCUAGCUGUGGUGAUUUAUUUGCAUCUCCUUGCCUAGUUUUAAAAUUUGUCUAUAAUGGGAAUUGUCUAUUCAUGUUCCUUUGUGAAUUCAGGUCCCUUCCUAUGUCGAUUUUCAAAAUGUCACAACAAUUCGGGAAACAGCACAAAGUUUGUUGACCCAGAACAAUGUGGAAACAAAUUGCACAAAUAACGUUCUUAACACUAUAUGCGAUAUUGGGUAUCCAGCUUGUACGACUGAUGAAAAGUACAGUGUGUCCCUCAUUGGGAAAAAGAAGUGUCUUGAAAUUAUGAAAUGGUAAGUAGAAAAGCCAAACCGCAAUAAUAGAGACAUUACACUUUUAUAAAAGAAAGUCUUUUUCUGCCUAUUUUCAAAGACUUCAAGUACCAUUGAAAGUAAAUAGCUGUUGAAAGCAAAGCUUUAUAUACGUACAAAUAAAUUAAUAACAGUUUUUAAAAACGGAGGUCUUUUUCUAUAAUAGAUUACUUUCUAAAAGUUUACUAAGAAAAAUUACAGCGAUUGUAAAUCUCUUCGAUUUUUGUGAAAAUCUUGCUGCAAAAAAGAUCUGCAAUAUAUAUUAGCUGUAGUGGAUCGUAUAAUCAAAUAUACUCUGCACUAAAGAAUUCAAAGAUCUUUUAAAGGCUUAAAGACUUUCUUCCCGUUUUCACAUAAUUGAAAGACUUUUCAAAGAUCUUAAAGACUUUCAUGCAAGCAUUUCCCAGAUUGGUUUAGAGACUCAAAUCAAUUUAGAUACUUACAGCGAAUCUCAUCCUCGUCCCCAGGGCCUCUCGCGUCCUCCCUAGGCCCUGGGAUACACGGAACUGGAAAUGCAAGGAAACUUGCAGUAGUUUCUAAAGCGCAUGCUCUUGAAUUGGGACUCUUUACCACCCGUAACAGUUACGAAGAAACGAAGUAUUUGUGUUGACAUAUGUCGAUAGAAUAAUUUUGCCUAGCGAAAACUGCCCAACUUCUGCGAAAUAGCAGUUCUCUGAGAAGCCAAUCAGAUCUCUCCCGUUAGUCGUCUAACCCAGAGCCAAAUUUUCAACGAGUGCAUGACCGAGUGAAAAUGGCUCUGGGGACGAGAAUGAGCGAAUCUAUAAGGCAUUAUUUCUAGGUUCAUAGGUUUCUUCAUUGGAAAUUUUAUCCACUAGUAUAAAUAUCCACCGAAGAGAAAUAUUUUUCUUGGUAAAAAUUUUUCUGAUCUAAUCAUUAAAAAAAUAUUUGUUACCCAACCUCCAAUAUCAAUUCAAAAUAAAUACGCACCCCUGGCCAAAAACGUUACAAAAGGAUGCUAUUCAGUUGUCACACAUGUCCUUUACCACUUCUGUGACACGAGUUUGAUAACUGCUUGGGCAAUUUUCUGCAGUCUAAAGCUUCGUGUUGUCUGCACAUGUACUUUCUUUGGAGACACCGGCCAUUUGCCUCCUGGCAAAUCGGAAAAUGAUCAAGAUAGUGGCUCUAAUUGAUUUACAUAUUGUAUUGGCAUAUACAUGUUGCCAUUGCUUGUUAGUGUUCAAUAUUUGAGUGAGUCAUGCUUUGGAAAUAGCUAUACAUUUUUAUUAUCCAUCCCUUGAGUUGUUUUGUUUUUCAUUUACCCAACCUUUUACUCACUCAAAAUUUUGUUUACCCAACUCUUUUCUCUUCGGUGCCACCCUCCGCCAUAAAUAAUGAUCGGUCCCUUAGAAAGCUUCGGAUUGACAGGGAUACAACUACCUGAAAAAUACACGUUCUUGUAUCACUUUUUACUUGCAAAGAUGCUUUGUCAAUUUCUUUCAGUGUGGAGUCAGUAAACAACACCAAUCUCACAAACAGUGCAAUGCAACUGUGCAGUAAUCUUCCUGAAGAAGAUAUGGUCAAGAAUUUGUCAAUUCACACAAUUGAAAACCAAAUGACAACAGUCACGAGCACGACCACACUCAACCCAAACGCCACGAGCACGACAACACUCGACAUUAGUACAACACCAAUGUGCUGUGGGGCAUCACGAUUGUCUGCCAUGAGCCACAUUUUGGUGGUAUUUAUCGUUUGGUUUUUCCUGGGCAGUUUUGCUAAGUAA